UAAAAAAUGAAAUUAUAAAAAUAUAAUAAUUAAUCAGCAAAUAAAAAUAUAUAAUAAUAAUAAAAAAUGAAAUUAUUUAAUUUUUUAUUGUAAAUUUUGUAUAAUUCUGAUGUAUGAACAAAAUGGUAGAAAAAUUUCGAUCAUUGAUCAAAAUAAUAAGCAAUGAAAUAAAUAAACAUCAAGUAUUUAACAAUGCAACAAUGAGAAUUAAUAAUGCUUCUGAAAAAGCACAAAAAAAGUUGAAUAAUAUACAAAGUAUUGUUACUACAAAGUAUGAUAUUCUAGCAAAGCAAAUUAAUCGUAAUAUUACAUUAAUUCAAAAUAUAAAUGGAACACAAUUUGAACCAAGUCCAUUACCAAAAAAAGUUGUCAAAUGGUGGCAAUGGUAUCAACAAUUAACAGGCUUAGAUAAAGUUGAAUUAGCCAAAGAACAAGUAAUUUUUGCACAAGAUAAAUUAUUCAAAUGUCAAGAUGAAAGAAGACAUUUAAAUCGUGAAGCAAUGACAAUAAAUGACAAAUUAAAGGAAGUAUAUUCAGAAUUAAUACAAAUUAAGAGAGAUGAUCCAAAAUAUGUUCAAUUAACAAUAAUAGAAAAUAAAAAUCUUCAAGAUCAAGCAAAAAUUAUAUCGCAACUUAAUUUAUUAGAAAAAGAAGAAAAAGAUUAUUUUACAUUAUUGGCUACUGCUAUUAAAGAAUAUCAUGAUAGUCAAACAAUGAAUGCUCAAAAGUAUAAAUAUUUAUCUAUUCUUGCAUCUGCCAUAUUAGCAAUUAUAUCAUUGAUAGGUUCAAUGAUAUACAAUAAUAAAAGAAUAGCAAAUAUUCAAAAUAUUAUAUAUGAAACACAGCAAAAAAAUGAAAAUUUGUUGAGAAGUAGCUUUCAUUCUUUAGAAAAAGAUAUAAAUACAACUUUUAAUAAAUUAAUAGAAAAUAAUAAUAGAAAUAUAAGUACAACUUUUCAUAAAAUAAUAGAAAGUAAUAAUAUAAUAAAAAAUAAUAAACAAAAUGUAACUAUGGUUAAUGAAAAAGAUAGAUUAGAUGAUAAUAAUACAAUAGAAUUGGCAAGAACUUAUAUUGUAUUUGGAUUAUUUAUUGGUAUAUGUAUAUUAAGCUCUUUAACUCGAUAAAAUCACUUUAUAAUUAAUAAUAUAAUUUUAUUUGAAAUAAUUUUUAAUAACAAGC